AUGAAGAAGAUUGAAGAAGCCAAACUCAACAGGCAAGCAGAGACAUUGCCCACAACCAGCACCUAUCGUCGCUCCAAGUCUUUAUCUGAGGUUGAACCACUGCUAGCUGCCGCUUUUUGCCGCCAUCGCACAUUGCCUUUCGCUGUUCUGCUAUCGCCUGCAGUGCACUAUCUUUGCUUGCCACCAUUGCACACACCCUAUUGUGCCGCCAUCGCCCGUUGCUGCCUCCCACCACUGCUGUUGUUUGUCGUCGCACACUCACUGUUUUCGCCUGCGUUUUUCCAAUCUGUGAGCUGCAGUGCUUUAUUCUCCCCUUUUCCCUAUAACUUGUGCUUGAUUCUGUCAAGGGUUUUUCGUUUUUUGCAUCUGUUCUUUGUUCUCGAUCUCACCCACUUUGAUCACUUCUCUUCUUGUUGGUGGUGGACCGGACUACCAGGGGGCUUGGCGGGGAUAGAGCCGGCCCCGGCGAGUAGUUCACCGUUGCUGAGCAAACAAGAUCUGGAGAUCUCCAUAAACACAAGGAGCAACGGGAGUACAGGCCGGGAGGACGACGAUGAAGAGAAAGACAACGGAUCAGACGAGCCUAGAGAAGGGGCAGUGGAAGUUGGAACUCGACGGCCCAGAGGCAGGCCGCCGGGAUCCAGGAACAAGCCGAAGCCGCCAAUCUUCGUCACUCGGGACAGCCCCAACGCGCUGCGCAGCCACGUCAUGGAGGUGGCCGGCGGCACCGACGUCGCCGAGUGCAUAGCCCAGUUCGCCCGUCGGCGGCAGAGAGGGGUUUGCGUUCUUAGCGGGAGCGGCUCAGUCACCAACGUGACGCUGCGCCAGCCGGCUGCGGCGAGCGCCGUGGUGGUGCUUCAUGGGAGGUUCGAAAUCCUGUCACUGACCGGCGCUUUCCUGCCGGGGCCGGCUCCGCCUGGCUCUACCGGCCUGACCGUGUAUAUGUCCGGCGGGCAGGGGCAGGUGGUCGGCGGGAGCGUGGUCGGGCCGCUUAUAGCUGCCGGCCCGGUCAUGGUGAUUGCUGCCACGUUUUCUGGUGCUAGUUAUGAGAGAUUGCCGCUGGAGGAGGAAGACGAGGCCCAGGCUCCGCCACCGGAAGGUAGUGGUAGUGGAAGUGGCAGCGGGCAGCAGCACCAGAGCCUGCCCGAUCCACCCUCUUUGUCAAUCUACAAUUUGGCACCUAAUUUCAUGCCUAACGGCGGGCAACUUAGCCAUGAUCACGCUUAUCCUUGGAACCGCGCCCGCCCUCCUUUCUAGGGCACAAGCUCCGCUCACCAAGACGACUCUGGAAUAAUAGUAUUUGUUUUUUACUUAAUUUUACGAAUUAAUCUUAUAAAUCUUCAUAAUAGUAGAAAGAAUGAUCAGCAGCUUCUUCAGUCUUGGAUCCAAUGGGGCUAAAAUCCCUAGUAGUCUAUGUAUAUAAUAUAUAUAAGGCUUCUUGAAGGUUGCCCUUUCCUUUGUGUCAAUUGCAAUAAAGAGAUGGUUUUAUUUCUUUCUAA